AUGACCACGCCAAUCCCUGAUGAAAACAAGGUAACCUACAACUUCUUGGGUCGCUCCGGAAUCAAGGUGGCCAACAUCAGUCUCGGAUGCGCGACGUUUGGGGAUGUGACUUGGGGAUGGCCAGGGCAAACCAACGAAGAAGCCUCACACCAGAUCAUCAACCGGUACGUGGAGUGGGGAGGCAACUUUCUGGACACCGCCGACAUGUACGCUCUAGGCAAAUCAGAGGCCAUUCUUGGCAAAUGGUUAGAGACACAAGCCAGGGACAAGUUUGUUAUCGCCACCAAAUGUGGACAGACCAUGGGCACAGAGCAGAAUGUCAACAACGUGGGACUGAGUCGUCGACACAUCACCGCCAGCAUCGACAACAGUUUAAAGCGACUUCACACAGACUUUGUCGAUCUUUACCAGAUACACAUCUGGGACGAUGGUACGACAGUUGAGGAGACUCUUAGGACACUGGAUGACCUAGUUCGAGCCGGUAAGGUCCGUUAUAUUGGACUGAGCAAUGUCACAGGAUGGCAGCUUCAGAAAAUGGUGGACACCUCAGAACGAUUCGGCCUCAACUCUGUAGUUAGUCUACAGCAACAAUACAGCCUUGCGAGCAGGGACUCUGAGCUAGAGGUCUUCCAGGUGUGCAAGACUUACGGCAUUGGGGUUCUUCCUUGGAGUCCACUCAAAGGCGGUUUACUAACCGGAAAGGUGAAACGUGGAGUGAAGCCAACAGAAGGCAGGCUGGCAUCCGUUGCUGCCAGCACAGCUAAGGUGUCACAAGCUGCCCCAGACUGGAAGUCAUUCGAUGACAAGACAUUCGACAUCGUUGACACUGUGGAAGCCAUCGCCAAGAAACGAGGUCGCAGUAUCCCUCAAGUGGCGCUCCGAUGGCUGCUCCAAAAAGACAUAGUCCCAUCGGUCAUCAUCGGAGCCAAGACCCUUGCUCAACUGGACGACAACAUGCUGGCCGCUAAUGGCUGGAGCUUGACCAGGGAGGAGAUGUCACAACUUGACGAUGUCUCUUCGCCAAACAGACCUUACCCCUAUGACAUGGUGUUCUCUUUGAACGCUGACCGGGUCAAUCCAAGAGCCAACAAUUUCUACGUCCAGUCACUGGCUAAUUAA